UUCGGGGCGUGUGUGUGUGUGUGUGUGCUUGCGCCUCCUGCUAACCGCUGCCCGGUGGCGCUGCUGAGCGGCCCAGGGGCACCGGGUAGCCCGCCUGGCCUGGCCUGCCCUCCCGUUCCCCCGCAGACGUCCCCCUUUCUCCGGCGGGCAGGGCGCGCGGCGAACAUGGCGGCGGCCAAGGCGGUGGGGCGGGACACUCUACCUGAGCACUGGUCCUAUGGCGUCUGCAGGGACGGCCGGGUCUUCUUCGUCGACGACCUGACCCGCGCAACUACUUGGCUGCAUCCUCGCACCGGGGAGCCCGUCAACUCAGGCCACAUGAUCCGCUCAGAUCUGCCCCGUGGCUGGGAGGAGGGAUUCUCGGAAGAGGGAGCCAGCUAUUUCAUUGACCACAACCACCAAACUACCACAUUUAAACAUCCAGUGACUGGCCAGUUUUCCCCAGAAAACGUGGAGUUUAUUUUACAAGAGGAGCAUAAUUCACAUAUGUCCAAACAUCAGAUAAACCAAAGACCUUCAAGUAUGGUCAGUGAAACAUCUACUGCUGUAACUACAUCCACUACAGAAACAAAACUUGGAACCAAGUUAGUAAAAUCUAGCAAUAAAGUUCAUAGCUUUGGGAAAAGGGAUCAAGCUAUAAGGAGAAACCCUAAUAUUCCUGUUGUGGUCAGAGGCUGGCUUCACAAACAAGAUAGCUCUGGAAUGAGAUUAUGGAAAAGAAGGUGGUUUGUGCUGGCAGAUUACUGUUUAUUUUAUUACAAAGACAGCAGAGAAGAAGCUGUUCUUGGAAGUAUACCAUUACCUAGUUAUGUAAUUUCACCUGUGGGACCUGAAGAUCAUAUAAAUCGCAAAUAUUCCUUUAAGGCUGUCCAUACAGGCAUGAGGGCUUAUAUUUAUAAUAAGAGUUCUGUUAUUGGCUCUCAGGCAGAGCAUUCAGGGAUGCGCACAUACUACUUUAGUGCCGAUGCUCAAGAAGAUAUGAAUGACUGGAUCCAUGCUAUGAAUCAAGCUGCUCUUAUGCAAAUCCAUUUUUCACCAAAGAGUGGAACAGAAAAAGCAGAUCAACAAGCUGUCCCUCAAGCUAAUCAUAUUGAUACCUACAAAGAAGUUACAAAGUUAGAACCUGCUGAUGCAAAAAGAGGCUACAGAAAAUCACCCGAAAUGUCUGCAUAUGGCAAACAUGAAGAAAUGAAAAAAGUAAGAGAUGAUGAACACUACACUGCAAGGAAGAAGGCUGUGGAUUCCAAAUGGGAGAAACCUAAACAGCUAUUAGAACCUGGUGGAAUACUGAAUCCUGCAUCAAGUUUCUCUCGGCCCCAAGCAACUCAAACUCUUGAGAAGAAUGGAAUGCCUCCAAGUUCACUAAAUGCAGGUCCAGUAGAGCAGAAUGGUAUCAGUGUCCAUAAAAGAGGCUUUAUUCCCAGAUCAACACAAAAUAAGGAGACACAAAGGAAAAGUAAUAUGACUCACAUCGAACAUUGGGUAAAAGUCCAGAAAGGAGACACAAAAAGUCUUGCAUCUGACCAGACUCUUACUCGCCAAGUACCAAGCCAUUCUGUAUCUUUUCCUGAAAAUUAUCAUACUUUGCCAAAGAAUACUAGGCAAUCUUCUGGAAGCUCCCCUCCCUCAAAUCGUGAUUUGCCAAGUGACUACAAAUAUGCUCAAGAUCGGGUAAGCCACCUGAAGAUGUCCCAUGAUGAGAGAAAAGCUAACAAAGAUGGUACUGUUUGGCAGCUGUAUGAAUGGCAACAAAGAAGGCAGUUUAAACACGGGAGCCCAACCGCACCUGUUUAUAUUAGUUCUCCGGACUUCACAGAUAGUAGUAAGGGAAGAAGUUCAUUAGACGUUCCACGUUCAGUUUCGGUUCCCCCUUCCCCAUCUGAAAUACCUCCACCAGGACCACCUAAAGUUUUUAUAUCCCGAAGACCACAUACACCUGCAGAAAGGGUUACUGUCAAACCAGCUGAGGAGAGACAAACGAUAGACGUUCCUUUUGUUGGCUCACCAAGGAAGAUUCGAAAUCAGAGUGUAAAAAACUCUCUACACAUAGAUAGACGUUCCAUGCCUACAAUGGGAUAUAUGACCCAUACUGUAAGUGCUCCAAGUUUGCAUGGGAAAUCGAUGACGGGGCGCGAUACAUUCAAAGAACGACAUGCAAAACCCAUCAAAAUUGGAGAAAGUGAUAUUGAUGUAAAGCUGAGUGUCUUCUGUGAGCAAGACAGGAUUCUGCAAGAUCUAGAAGACAAAAUAAGAGCCCUUAAAGAAAAUAAAGAUCAGCUGGAAUCUGUCUUGGAAGUAUUACAUAGACAGAUGGAACAAUACAAAGACCAACCACAGCACACAGAAAAAAUUACAUAUCAGCAGAAACUUUUGCAAG